AUGUAUAAAUAGUAAUGCUAACAGCUCAAAGCUCAGCAUAACUCAGUUGUCCUCAAAAGAAUGCAUUUCACAAAGACACGAAGCUGCCGGUCCACUAUGCCAUUGAUGCUUCUACUAAUUGUUCUAACUGCUGGUGCCUGGUGUGCUUCCAGCUCCAAGCCGUUAGAAAAGCGGAGUCUCGCUUUGGACGAAGCCAGCAUUCCAUGGGCUAUAACGAGUGGCCCGCGAGCUUUGAGCGGAGGGCCUUGGAACCUUGGUUGGCCCACUUGGAGUGGGGGACACACCUCGCUGGGAAUCGGGCCGACACCCAACGAAGUUGCACACGCUAUUUCGGUAGCUAAGCAGGCCUCAGCCAAUGUUCUUAUAGCGCAGCAGCAUUUACAAGCGGCUAAGGAAAACGUGUUAAAUCAGCAACGCAUCGCCACGGAAAGACAAACUCAGGCAGUAAUACUGAAGCAAAAGUCUCAGGCGGCGGCUGCGAUUCAACGUUCUGAGGCGAUACAGCAGCGUCUUGCUGCCUCAAAGGCAGCUGUGGCACAUGCUGCUGCUCAUGCAGCUGCUGCGGAAAUCCAGAAAACCGAACAUGAGGCGGCCAAGCUUGGUCACUUCACAAGAAACGCGCACCCGGGAGUUGGUAAUCCACUCUCUACUAUUGGAUCGGGAAACAAUAAUUUUUCGCCCUCCAAUGUAGAAACGAUUGGAUUUGGGCAUUGGCUCUCUGGCAGUACCGCAGGGAAAUCUGUCAAUAAUUGGUACUGAAGAAUAAAAAGAAAUCGCUAAAUGAUAAAGUGCUUU